AUGGCACGUGAGGGAGCAAAGGUAGCCAUCAAUUACCUUCCGGCCGAAGAGCCAGAUGCCGAAGAUGUCGCGAACCUGCUUGCUAAAGAAGGCAUCAAGAUCACCAGAAUCCCAGGUGAUUUAUUAGACGAAGAGUUUUGCAGUCAGUUGGUUCUGAGGGCGCAGCGAGCUUUGGGAGGUAUAGACAUCUUGGUCAACAACGCUGGAACGGGUGGCGAUUUCAAUCCUGAUAUCACCACCUACACCACAAAGCAGUGGGAUAGAACCUUCCGCACCAAUGUCUACGCCGGCUUCUUCCUCGCGCGCGCAGCGAUUCCUAACAUGCCGCCCGGUUCCUCUAUCAUCUGGACCGUAUCGGAUGUUGUUGCCAACCCUGUCAACAAUGUUCAUGACUACGCUGCGACCAAAGGCGCAGUGGCAAGUCUCGUCCAGACGCUCGGCAUCUCGCUCGCCAGCAAAGGCAUCCGAGUAAAUGGCGUAGCGCCUGGAUUAACAUACACACCACUUAUUGCUGAAGUAGGCAUGACAACGGAGCAACUCCUUGCAUUCACUCAGACGAUUCCAAUUAAACGUCCGGCGCAACCAGUUGAGAUGGCUCCGCUCUAUGUUAAUUUCGCGGACAAGAACGUUACUUACCUAAGCGGUGGGAUCUUGCAGAACAAUGGUGGAACUACAGCUUACAUCCUUGAGUAA